GCAAAAGCGGCAUUUUGUUAGUUUGAUUUGCGUCGUUCGUUUGGUUGGUUUAAUUUGUUCGGCUCGGCAGUGCGUGUUAUUAAUUUUGGUGUCUCUACGAAAACAUUAAAUAUAUCGCUUUCGAAAAUAUUAAGUGAAUGUAUAUAAACCUCUGCAUAUAGAACAAAAAUAAUCCAAUUAAGAUUCGAUGUGGAUCUUAAACGCGUUCGCGGUGUUUUUGUUUACAUUUGCAAGUUUUUGUGCUAUUGUGAUUUAAAGUAAAUUUUCGGUAAUCCGUCACAUCUAAUAUGUCAAUUAAUUUUUGACAAUUAACGAUCGGCUUAAGCACCAACAUGUCAGUCUUUUGUAAGAGCGCCGAUAGAUCAGAAGUGCUAUUUUUAUCGAGACCUAAUUGAAAAAACACUGUGUGCCCAUAAUAAAUAAGUGUCACAAUAAAAUAAAUUACUUCAUCAAAUUAAUAAAGUGACUAACAACAAAAUUCGAUCAACUCAAGUCAACCUAUAUAAUUGUGACAACAUCCGCUUACUACGAAUCCGUUUUUUAUUUUCGUUUACUAAACUGUAGUAUGUGUGUGUAUUUGCUUUUGUCACAGUUUAGCGCAUUUUUAAUUGCAGCCAUAAUUUGCCAACAUAAAUUCAAUUAAACUUGCUAAUUGCUCCGUUCGCCCAACAUUUGUUAAGUGAAUAUGUAUGAGCUAGACAAAAGAUAAUUGAAAGUGUCACGAUACUUUAUGAAAAAGGUCAAUUACAAAUAUAAGAAAAACAUACAUACAUAUGUUUCGGUGGAACAAAUUGUUUUUGUAAGUGCGCUUGAGUUAAUUUUGCGAAAAUUGAAAAAGAAAGUGCCGAAAAAAUGCAUACGAAAAAUUAUGAUUGCUUUGUGAACAGCAACAUGAUGCUGCAACAAACUGAACGCCCACCUAUCAUAGAGUUCCGUGCUAAACGUAAAGUUAGUCGCGGGCGGGAGUCGAAUUCAGUGCGGAAUUGUGUUGUGAGUAGAAAACGUGUUGGUAUAAGUGCUCCAUUGCAUGUGACAUUUUUGAUCUUGCUCUGCACCACUUACUUCGAUCUUGCCAAGGCGCGAGCGGCUGGUACGGACACUGCUGCCACAGCAGAUGGAGCAAUAACUUCACAUGCGAAUCAUAAGCAACACCAUCGCAAUGCAAUGCAAUACGUACACAAUAAUUUCACACAUCUGUCGGAAAGAAGUGCAGUGGAUUUUAUUGCGGAAAAGGGUGGCAUUAGCGCUGGUAGCAGUAUGUCAGAUGUUGCAGUGACUUUGGCGGCGCGUACGCCAGAUGCCAGAACAAAUGCAGGUUGUCCGCCCACGACGAGUUCACAUUGUCUGCGCUGCAACAGCGAGGGUUGCAUAAAGUGUCCUGCCUAUCUGAUGACCGACACACGUCAGUGUGUGGACCAAUGUCCCUCCGGCUACAUCGAUCAAUGGUCGGCGCAUACCGAAUUUAUGGGACGCGUCUGCGUCUCCACCGGCUACUCUGGUCCGCUGAUGGCCGCUAUAGCAGGACUAAUAGGCGGUUUUGUGGUUUGUCUCACGCUACUAGCUGUCGCCAUGAUGUUGGUGCGACGACGACGUAGACGUAAAUCCAUCAAGCAGAAGUUGAUCAACGAGAAUACCAUGGAUCGUUCCGAUUUUCUGCGACAACUCAACGAAAUGCGUCCAAAUGCCGAAUAUUUCCUAGCAAUGCUCAACGAUACGCGACGCCAAAUACGCAAGUUGUAUUUGUCAGGCGAAGUGGGCGCGGCGAAUUCCUAUCGGCCGAUUGUGCGCGAUCUUGCCAAAAUACUGAUACUGCUGAAUCGACCAAUCGAAUUGAUACCGGCGGCGCCGCACGACUGGAAUCGUUUGUACACGUGGUCCGAACAAGCAUUGGAACGUUACAAGCCGCAAGUCGGGCAUUUGAUAGAUUUCUUUCAACCCUCCGGUGGUGGUGGUGGUCGCGGCAGCAGCUCUGUGGGCAUUACUGAUGACUUCGAUGCGACAUUCUUUCCACAAAAGAGUAACGUCUAUCGGCAGAGCAUGUUGGCGGGCACGGGUCAGCAAAAGCUGCACAUGUUCGGCUCGCUCAUCAGCUUGCAUGAAUUCGAGGAGCCGCGUCCAUCCGAUCCAUUCGGCAGCAGCUUCAAUACGCUCAAGAGUGGCAAUCUGAUAUCGGAUCUCAAUGCGAGUUCGUUAUGGCUGGAAGAUGAAUUCUACAAAUUGGGCUUUCGACCGCAGGACGAAAUCACGACUGAGUUAUAAUGAAUGUCUGCUGUGUGUUGUUCUGUUUGUUGCGUUACUCAAGUGAAUUAUAUACAUAUAUAUGAAUAUAUAAUUGUGUUAGUUUUGUUUUAAUUAUUUUAUAUGGUUUAGUAUAUAUACUUUAUUUUAUAUUAUGUAAUGUAAAUUUAAUUGAAAAGUAUUAUUUUUUUGUUUGUUUGUUAAAAUGUGUAGCUGCUUAAAAUCUACUGAUGCAUACGUUGUGUUUUGCUAAUAUAUAUACAUACACAUACUUAUUUAAUCACAAAUAUUUACAAGAAAUUUUACAAAUCACAAAAUGUACAGUUGACGUCACAAAUAUGUAUACAAGUAUGCAUUUAUGUAAAAAAAAAAAAAUUAUUGCACAAGCAUGAAAUUAGCGUUUUCUUUGUCGCAAAAAUCGUCAUAAAAUAGUUAAAAAAAAAUCAUGAAAAAUAAAGUUAUAAUUAAAGAAAGCACCAAUGAACAAAUGAAACAAAAACACAAAUCGCCGCCCAGUUGCCGCCAAGCAGCGACUAAAGUACGCAUAUACUUUGCUUCCAUAAGCUAUAAAGCUAAGCAAUACAUUCCUAGUUUCUAGUAAAUGUUUGCAAAUAGUGAUAGAUUUACAUA